CCCAUUUUGUGCUGUGAAAUCAGAAUUCAAAUUAUGCUACAAGCUACGUGUCGUGUUUUCGGACUCUCUAAGGCUCACCUGUGUAGGUCAUUGCCUGGUGUCUCAGCGUAUAACGUUCGUCUUACCGCUUGCGACUGCACCGGGAUUAAGGAAGCUCCGAUACUUGACAAUGAGGCUUUUCUCGCGAGUCCCGAGGAGGCCAGAAUGAGGAAUAAUUUGGAGUCCACUAUUAUGGUACCGACUAUGGUCGACCUUACUCCCAUAUCGGGGUUUCCUGAAGAAUUUCUUAGAACACGUCGCGUUCGUAUCUACCAGCCCCCUAAGAAUGCCAUGCAAAGUGGAACUAACAACAUACGUCACUGGGAACUAGAGUUCGACACGCAGCAGCGAUGGGAGAAUGCCUUGAUGGGAUGGACCUCCACGGGAGAUCCACUGUCCAACCUGAAAAUGAAGUUUCCUUCCCCUCAAGAGGCCAUUGACCACUGCGAUAAAAAUGGAUGGAUGUGGUACAUAGAUGUGCCGAAAACUGAUAGAGAAUUCAAGCCUAAGGCUUAUGCUACUAACUUCUCUUGGAACCGACGUUCUAGGAUUUCUACCAAGUAGAUUUCAUUUAUUUCUUUUGAUUUUGAUUAAUAAAAAGC